AUGUUCAUCCUUUACGAAACACCGGCUGGAUACGCCAUAUUUAAGCUCUUGGACGACAACAAGUUCAAAGAAAUCGACAAUCUCUAUCUGGAGUUUGAAUCACCAGAAAAGGCGAGCAAAAUCGUGAAGCUUAAACACUUCGAAAAGUUUGCCGACACCACAGAAGCCCUGUCAGCGGCCACUGCCGCCGUCGAGGGUAAGCUAUCAAAGCCACUAAAGAAAGUGUUGAAGAAGCUGGUGGUUGACGAUGUACAGAAUCAGCUGCUCGUUGCCGACGCCAAGCUUGGAAACGCUAUCAAAGAUAAGCUCGCGCUACAAUGCAUUGCCAACACGUCGGUAAUGGAGCUUAUGCGCUGCAUUCGCACGCAGUCGGAAAGUCUUUUGUCCGGUCUGCCAAAGAAGGAGAUGACUGCGAUGUCGCUCGGUUUGGCCCAUUCGCUUUCGCGCUACAAGCUCAAGUUCUCACCGGACAAGAUCGACACCAUGAUCGUGCAGGCACAAACCCUGUUGGAUGAUCUAGACAAAGAGCUAAACAACUACAUGAUGCGAGUUCGAGAAUGGUACGGUUGGCAUUUCCCCGAAUUGGGAAAGAUCUUGGCCGAUAACAUUACGUACGUGAAGACGAUCAAACUGGUCGGUAUGCGAGAUAACGUGGCGGACACGGAUUUGUCCGACAUUUUAUUGGAGGAGCUGGAGCAACACGUAAAGGAAGCAGCUGAAAUUUCGAUGGGUACGGAAAUUUCGGAGGAAGACAUUACAAACAUUCAGAAUCUUUGCGAUGAGAUCAUCAACAUCAACGAUUAUCGUGCGCAUCUGAGCGACUACCUUAAGGCUCGCAUGAUGGCGAUGGCACCGAACUUGACCGUGCUGGUCGGUGAAACGGUUGGAGCAAGAUUGAUUGCCCACGCUGGCUCCUUAGUUAAUCUAGCGAAGCAUCCCGCCUCGACGGUGCAAAUAUUGGGAUCGGAGAAGGCGCUGUUCCGGGCUUUGAAAACCAAGAAGGACACACCAAAGUAUGGUCUGAUCUAUCACGCCACCCUCGUUGGUUCGGCUAGCACGAAGAACAAGGGACGUAUUUCGCGAUCGCUGGCGGCCAAGGCCUCCCUGGCGACUCGUGUCGAUGCAUUCGGUGAUGAUGUGACCAUGCAGCUUGGUAUUGACCACCGGGCUAAGUUGGAGACUAGGCUGCGCAUGCUUGAAGAAGGCAACAAUACGCGGCUGUCCGGUGUGAAGGCGAAGGCCAAGCUGCAAAAGUUCCACUCGGUCAGCGAAGUGAAAACCUUCAAAGUUGCAACGGAUAGCACGCUUCCGACGACUUCCUCGAAGAAGGCGAAAGCAGAAGAGGAUGCACCGAAUGCCCCUUCACCGAAGAAGAAGAAGAAAGCGAAUCAGCAGGAAUCUGCUGUAGAGGAAGAGCAAGAAGCAGCUGCACCCGUGGACACCGAAGUUGGUGAUGGAUCAGUCAAAAAGAAGAAAAAGAAGAAGGCCAACCAGGAGGCUGAUGAUAGUGUGAUGGAAGCAACUGUUGAGGAGCCCACGCCUACGUCUUCGGGGAAGAAGCCUAAAAAAUCAAAAGUUAAAAAGAGCACCGAGGACGACGAGUAGGAGGUGGGCUAGUGCCGUCGUUCGGCAGUAGUAUAAGAAGAUGCGUUUCGCGAGCUAUUGAUUUACAUUUCUAACGUUACGUAUGGUUAUUAGUCUCUUUUACCUCUUCUAAGACUUCCCAAAUGACAGUAAAUGUUCUCCAGAGCAGUGCAGUGCAGUGCUUUGUAUGUACAGCAACCAGCCACACCGUCAACAAUCAUGUAAAAUUACAAUAAUUCUUGCUUCCAAAAGCUGGGUCGGGUCGAGGGAUUGAAGAAUAGUUAGAGAAGGAAAUGCCUUGCAAGAGUAAUACGCAUAAAAAUGCACACUAUUGAUCGCAACCAACAGGAACAUGUAAGGAUAGUAAGAGGAGACAGAUUGGCGUUGUUUUAUGGCAGUCGACUCGAUUUUUUAUUCAAUCAAAGCAAACACGUGGCUCGUCCUAUUACACCUGUACAUGGUGUAACA